AUGGCUUCAUCCAGCAGUUUCCUGUCUGAAGAUCAGCUCCAGUGCUCCAUCUGUCUGGAUGUGUUCACUGAUCCAGUCACUACUCCAUGUGGACACAACUUCUGCAUGAUCUGUAUCAAAGAGUGCUGGGACACCAGUUCACACUGCCAGUGUCCAGUAUGUAAGGAGAAAUUUCCUCGAAGACCUGAACUACGAGUAAAUACCUUCAUCUCUGGACUGGCUGCUCAAUUCAGGAAGCCAGUUCAGGUCAAAUCAAGCAGCACUGCAGGAGAACCUACCAAAUCUCUGGUGUUCUGUGACUUCUGCAGUGAGAAGAAACAUGAAGGUCUGAAGUCCUGCCUGAUCUGUAUGGCCUUUUACUGCAAGACUCACCUGGAACCUCAUGAGAAAGUUUCUUCAUUCAAGAAACACAAACUAAUAGAUCCUGUGGAGAACCUGGAGGAUUACAUCUGUCAGAAACAUGAGAGACCUCUGGAGAUGUUCUGUAGAGACGACCAGAUGUGUGUCUGUCAGGUCUGCACUUUAGAUGAUCACAAGAACCACAACACAGUUCCUAUAGAGGAGGAGAGUGCAGAGGAAAAGACUCAGCUGGGAGCAACACAAGCAGAAGUUAAGCAAAUGAUCCAGGAUCGACUGAAGAAGGUCGAAGAAAUUAAACUUUCCAUAGAACUUAAUAAAAGAAGCAGAGAGCAGCAGAGCGUCAGGCUGAAGAGUUCAUUAAAGAUCUGGAGCACUGAGCUAAAGAGCAGAACCACUGAGCUGGAGCAGAUCUCAAACACUGAGGAUCAUCUCCACCUCCUACAGAUUUACCCGUCCCUGUGCAGACCUCCACCCACCAACAACUGGACUGAUGUCAGUAUUCAGGCUCAUCUGUAUGUGGAGACUCUGAGGAGAGCUCGGUCUCAGCUUCAGGAAUGUGUUGAUUAAGAAAUGAAGAAGGUUGUCAGUAUGGAACUGAAGAGAAUUCAACAAUAUGCAGUGGACGUGAUUCUGGAUCCUGAUACAGCAAAUCACUACCUGAUCCUGUCUGAUGAUGGAAAACAAGUUACAUGUGGAGACAAACGACUGAAUCUUCCUGAUAAUCCAGAGAGAUUUGAUUUCUGUGCUUGUGUGCUGGGAAAGGAGGGAUUCUCCUCAGGAAGAUUUUACUAUGAGGUUCAGGUUAAAGGGAAGACUGACUGGAAUUUAGGAGUGACCAGAGAGUCCAGUAACAGGAAGGGAGAGCUUACACUCAGUCCUAAUGAUGGAUAUUGGUCUGUAUGGCUGAAAAAUAAAACUGAAUAUGAGGCUCUGGAUUUUCCUUGUGUCCCCCUCUUCUUGAAACAGGUUUCUCAGAAGGUGGGGGUGUUUGUGGAUUAUGAGGAGGGUUUGGUCUCCUUCUAUGAUGUUGAGAAUGAGUCUCAUAUCUACUCUUUCACUGGUCCGUCUUUCACUGAGAAAAUCUAUCCAGUAUUUAGUCCCUGUGUCAAUGAUGAUGGUGAAAAUUAAGCACCACUGAUCAUCUGCCCUGUCAGUCAAGUUCUGUACUGA